AUUUUAGUAUAUUUUUCUCGACUGUUUACUCUACUGUUUUUACUUUCGGGAAGGCUUGGUAUUAUCAAUAAACGGUAAAGCUUAAUAAUAAGUGUAGUAAAAUAAUUGGAAAUUAAAUAUGGACUCUAUGGAAAUAGACGAUACAAGUGUACCUUUACCAAAGGAAUUUAACCAGCUUUAUGCAAUAUUGAAAUUCUUUUCAGAACCAGUUAGAUAUGACUCAAAAAUGCAAGAUAACAUUUCUUAUGAAAUAUUUAUCAAUAUUUGUUAUCAUUUGCCUCCAAAAGAUUUAUUGAUGUUGGCUUGUGUUUGCAAGCAUUUUAAAAAUAUGCUCGAUGGAAAUAUUCUAUCAAUAUCAUGGGAUAUUUGGAAAACAUCUAGAGAGAGAUUUACUCCUUUCAAGGAUAUGGAUCCACCAAAAGGGUUAAGUGAACAGAAGUUCUCUCGAUUAUUAAAUUUUGAAAAUGGAUGUGAAUUUUGUAAAAGUAAAGAUAAAAGAAUUCAAAUUUAUUGGGUAGCUUGUGUUAGAUCAUGUAAAGAAUGUUUACAAAAAAGAGCUAAAAGACGUCAAGAGCUCGAAGUGGAAUGGAAGAUAGAGAGUGAAGUUUUUACAGGAACUCCUCAUAUAGUUCCAUGUCCAGAUGAUGAUGGACAGACUCAAUAUUAUUGGGUUCCUCAUAUAACGUCAUCACAAAGUAAUUUCUUGGGUGUAAAUAUUUUAAAACGUGGGGAGUGGACUGUUAAGAAAAAACAAGAGAUCCAAAAUGUUAUCGAUGAAUCUCUUGAUCGAUAUCAUUGGGCAACGAGAUGUUGGCAAGAGCAAUUAAAAGAACAGAAAGAUCAUUUACAGAACGUUAUUCGAAAGUUUUGUGAUCGAUAUACCUCUUAUACACCAGAAACCUUGUCGAAGUAUACGAUUGUAUCAGAAAUGUUAUCAAAAAUUGAGAUUAAUCCAUUUGUACAGAAAAAUUGGAGUAUAUUUCAAUUAAAUUUGAUCGAGGCUUUAAAUUCUAGACCUUUACCAAGUAACUUAAUGAAUGAUACUUUUAAUAGUUCACUACAACCAUCAAAAAUCCCUAAAAGAAGUGAACCGGUGAAUAUCAGGCCCGAUAGACAUUACAGUGAAAAUUUACCAAGGAAGGAGUUAUACGGCCCUCCAAGACAAAAGUUGAAACAUAAUAGUAGUCCAAAAUUACCACACGACUCUAAUCCAAACUCUAUGCAAAUAAUAAGAAGUAUACCUAAUUCAACCCCUUUAUGGGAAAACGUUAUGUCUCAUCCUACAAGAAACCAAUCUAACCAAUCUAAUCAAUUGGUCCGAUAUAAUAUUAAUAAUUCAACACAAGAUAGGGUAGUUUUGAACAGGCGAAAUGAAAUUGUUAAACAUCUUAAAUUAGUCGCAUUGGGAGUUAAGCAACGAAAUAAAAGAACGGCGAAAACUAUUCCUUAUACUAUCGGUAUUCAUGAUGUGCUAUUCCGAUAUCUUCCAUUUUGUUCAUCUUUUAUUAACCCUCCAGAAUCUCCAUCAAAAGAAUAUGGCGGGUAUUAUAAAAAAGAGUACAUCUAUAGCACAAUAAUUCCUCAAUUGCAGCGGGAGGCUGCCGUAUUAUCUGUAUCAAGUGGGUCAAGGAUGGAAAACACACAAUAUCAUGACAUUCUGGAUGUUCAAGGAGCAAUUAAUCAUCAUCUUGACGAGCAUCCUGUUUUCAAAUGCAGGAUGUGUCCAGAUUUUAACCCUAGUGUUAUAAGGAAAAUGAAGAAUCAUUUGAGAGAAAUUCACGCUCUUCUCUCAGAGAAAGAUCUUUCAAAGUUGUACGUUGAUCCGGAUGCUGUAAUCAAUUUUCUUCAUUUUGCUUUUGUUCCGGAAUUAAAUUUUUUACGUUAAGGGAUCUUAUAUAACUAGGCAGAUAUUUUUUUGUGAAAGCAAUUAUUUUUUUAGCUUAUAAUUAUAAUGUGCUUAGGGAUUAAAGUCUAUAAUAUAAUUUACAAUAAACAUUGGAAAGUUGGAAUGUUUGGAAUUUAUACAAAAUAGCAUCUCAUUGAUUUAUUUGUACUUACUGCAGUAAUAAAUAUACUCAGUAAUAAAUUUUUUUUUAAGUUCAAGAACUUUAUUAAAG